AAAGGUUCCUUGUAGACACAAUAAGAAACCUCCACAGAAGAUUUCUGGCAGAGAACAAUGUGAGGAUCUCACUAAAAUGGUGUGCUGUGAUACUGCUAGAAAGGACUGUAUGUAUGGGGAGUGUGAACACUGCAGACAAAACAGUUCCACUCUCAAGUAUAUGACAGUGCAGAAAGGGUGUCCUACACUCAGUGGGGGACAGAAGAUAAGGCAACAAUGAAUGACCAGGAGCGGCCAACAGUGAAGAUAACUGUUAAACAGAUUGUUGAGGGCACCCAGGAGCAACAGCAGUUCCAAACACUCCUGAGCAAGUUCAAGAAGCAUUCUUUUAAUAUUAGGCAGCAGUAUGCCUACUACCGUGAGCUAAGGAAGAGCAUGGCAACUGAUGAAUGCCUAAUUCACGUAGAUUGUUCUGAGAACUUUACCUGCAAGUACUUGUGAGCACAUUCAUGCCUAAAAUAUCAAUGUAGCUGAAUUACGUCCUAUUGUCAUUAUUAAAUAUAUAGUAUAAAAAAGACUUUUCUUUGUCCAACUCUCGCGAGAACAUACCUGAGCGGGUUUGCUCGUUAGUGACACCUGCUGCCUGAGGCUCGGGAUAGGGGCAGGAGACCGGGGACGAGAGGCGACUUGAGGAUGUCUAUGAAUGAAGAGGGAUAUGUGGUUCGGAUCAGAGGACUCCCCUGGUCCUGCACGCAGGAGGAGGUCGCCAGCUUCUUCUCUGACUGUGACAUCGUUGGUAAAGUAAACGGAGUGUGCUUUACCUACUCUAAAGAAGGCCGUCCCAGUGGAGAGGCAUUUAUUGAGUUGAAAAUGUCUGAGGAUUUCAAGAUUGCUCUCUCCAAGGACCGUAAAUACAUGGGACACCGAUACAUAGAGGUGUUCAAGUCGAACCGCAGUGAGAUGGACUGGGUGCUGAAGCGCAGCGGGCCAGCUGACUACGACAGCUGCAGCGGCUGCAUGCUGCGACUCAGAGGCCUUCCCUUCGGCUGCAGCAAGGAGGAGAUCGUUCAGUUCUUCUCAGGGUUGAGAAUCGUGCCAAAUGGGAUUACUCUGCCAGUGGACUGCCAGGGGAGGAGCACAGGGGAAGCCUUCGUGCAGUUUGCCUCAAAGGAGAUAGCAGAAAAGGCUCUGGGGAAACACAAGGAAAGAAUAGGGCACAGGUACAUAGAGAUUUUUAAGAGCAAUCGCAAUGAGAUCAGAGCUUACUACGAGCUGCCCCACCAGGGGGUGGGAGCCCAGAGGCCGGGGCCCUACGACAGACCCAUGAUGGGGGGCCCCAGAAGAGGCUUCUUUGCGCCGGAGCCUGGCCGCGGGGGGGCUCUGAUGGACACCAUGAGGUGCGGGGGGGGCUAUGGAGGAGGUUACGGUGAAUUUGACAGCUUCAACAACUGCUGCUUUGACAACGGCAUGUUUGAUGAGCGAGUGAGAGGAGAGAGAGAAGGAAGAGGGAUGGGAGGCCACGGUUACGGUGGUCAAGGUGAUGUUUCUACAGGCUUCUACAACGGCCAUUUUGUUCAUAUGAGGGGCUUACCUUUCCGCGCCACAGAGGGAGACAUCGCUAAAUUCUUCUCUCCUCUGAAUCCACUGCGGGUCCACAUCGAUGUGGCUCCUAACGGGAAGUCCACAGGGGAAGCCGAUGUGGAGUUUCGCUGCCAUGAAGACGCUGUGUCAGCCAUGUCCAAAGACAAGAACCACAUGCAGCACCGCUACAUCGAGCUGUUUCUUAAUUCAACGGCCAGUGGAGCCGCUGAAAUGGGUCGUGGUGGUGGGGGCUACUACGAUAACUCAGGGGGGGGCGGACGCUCGCGGGGCAGCGGGAUGCGAGGCUCAUACUGAUGAUGUCAUCCCACUCUUCCAAACCAUCCUGACGUUUGUCUCUUCAGGCCACAUUUACUCGAUUACUUUUUUAAGCAGGAGAGCUGAUCUGAAGUCAGUCAUUUGUUUUAAUUGUGAGGUUCAAACCUAUGGAUACCAGACCAGAGAAGACCUUAGCAAGCACUGUUAUCAAACACUUCUGAAGAGCAGUACAGCCUUUCAAUGUUCAGAUGUUGGAGCUGUUGUUGGUGCUAAACAAGGUUAAUUAGUCUAAAAGGAGAUUUCUUGUUCAUUAUAGAUUUUUUUUUAAGAAUUUGAAAAUCGAAUGUUUUUUCUCGAGCCACAUCAAAUGCCAUAUUUUUCUUAGUUGCACGAUUAUUAAGAGAACUUACAACUUUUUAUUUUCCCAUAGUUAUGAAAGACUAUGGAAGAAGGAAACUGAAUGUGUUGCAGUUCUUAGUUCUAUAAGUGGAAUGCACUUUGUCUUGUUUGAAUGAGUGCAGGAGACGUUGGUCGGAUGGAGACACAGAAGAACAGCUGUCGGGUUUCAGAGGUUGAUGAAAACGUUUUGAUUUGUUGAGUUGAAUGACGCUCUGUAGGAGGUAGAGCAGUGUGCAGCAACCUCAAAACAUUACAAAUGUAUUUCGGGAAGAAAUUCUGUUAAACAUUUUUUUAACUGUUUAUUAUGGUUUGUUAUUUUGAGCAUCCUGUUAUAUGCUGAUUCAAACUGCACUUUAGGUCAGCUUUCCUGCUUUGAAAAGCUGUUCAAUGUGAGCCAGUGUGUUUUUUAUGAAUGUUUUCAGAGUUCAUGACAGAAUUUCAAACUAAGUUGAAUAUUAUAUUUCACAAGGUGGAAGUAAAAUAAAAAAAUCUCUAUAUUUGAGCUGUAAAAUAGCUUCAGCAGCUGUUGUACAUUUUGCGUAAUAAAUUUUACAUUUAAUUGUG